GAAGGCGGUGCCCGCUCGGCAAAACGAGCAAAGCGAGAGGAGGAGGAGCCUGAAGCGCAACAUGGCGCCGCCCGUAGUACUGCGCUCGUUUUCGCGGCUGCUGGCCCCCGCCAGGCUGCCGAGCUGCUCUUCAACACGGUCAAAGUUCUAUGUCCGGGAGCCAGUCAAUGCCAAACCUAACUGGGUGAAAGUUGGGCUGACCUUGGGCACCUCGGUUUUCAUGUGGAUUUAUCUCAUCCACCAACACAACGAAGAUGUUUUGGAGUAUAAAAGAAGAAAUGGACUGGAAUAAACUUUGGAGAUACUACAGCAUUGUGUUCCUAGUACUCGGAACAAGGCGACAUAAUUUGUGAGUGUUCCCUACUGUGUUUGCCUUGUCUUGUACUUGUGUAUGAACUCUGUAAAAGCAGGACUCUUGUCUACUGUGUUAAUGAUCAUGUUCUCAAACUGUACUGGGUACCCAGCCAUCGUGGGAGCUUAAUAUUUGUAGAACAAAUGAAUGUAUAAAGGCCUGGCCAUUUUGCUAGGAUUGUCACUACAACUAGCAUCCAAUUGAGUAGUUCAGGUAAAACCCAAUAUGAAUGAGAUAACAUAUUUUCCCUGGUCUGUGAUUUAAGAGAGAAGAUUUGUGAGUAUGUGUGUGCACUCACGUGUCAUAACAUACAUAUAUUACAUAAGCAUGUAAUAUAUAUGCUUUAUUCCUGAAAAUUAUUUGAAAGAUAUUCUUUACCCUGGAAAAAGUGAAAACCCUCAUUUAAAAAAAAAAAAAAAAAAAAAAACCCAAAACAAAAACAAAACAUAGCUUCUAGACUGAGGAGUUAGCUCAGUGGUUAAAGCAACUGCCAUACAAGCAUGAGGACCAGAGCUCAGAUGCUUGGAACCCAUGUGAAUGCUGGGUUGGCAUGGUGACCAUUUGUAACUCCAAAACUCUGAAAGUGAGCCAAGGGUUCCCAGAAUAAGGUGGCUAACUAAAUCAGCCACUGGUGACCUCUGGGGCCAAUCAAGAAACCGUGCCUCGAUGAAUAAGGUGGGAAGCCAUUGUAGAGAUCCCCAGCAUCAGCCUUGGGCCUCACAUGAUUGUUGCACACACAUACCACAGACAUGUGCAGAUAUGUAGACAUGCACAUACACCACACAAAAUAAUUCCGUUUCCAUGGGUUAAGCUGAUAAAAUAGCUUAUAUCUGCUAGAUAAUAAACAUAGUAACCACAAAACACAUUUUCUUUAUUUAAGAACUCUGAAAUUUGGGCUGGAGAGCUGGCUCAGUGGUUAAGAGCACUGACUGCUCUUCCAGAGGUCCUGAGUUCAAAUCCCAGCAACCACAUGGUGGCUCACAACCCUCUGUAUGAGAUCUAAUGCCCCCUUCUGGUGUGUCUGAAGACAGCUACAGUGUACUUGCUUAUAUAUGAUAAAUAAAUAUUU